AAUUAAGGAAAAAAAUAUAUUUGAUUUUACUUUCCUUUUCAUUAAAAUUUUCUUUUUUGCAGUGUUUGAAGGAAGAUGGAUGAUUUUCAUAAACGUCUAGCUAGUUUGAAGAGUGUUCUGACAUGUGGAAUUUGUAAAAAAUUAUGCAAAGAUGUCACGAUUAUUGAAGAAUGUUGUCAUCGAUUUUGCAAAAAAUGCAUUACAAAUAAGAUAUCAGAAGAGAAAUGGAAUACUUGUCCAGAAUGCAAUAGGGACUUAGGCGUUGCCCCUUUGCAUAAACUCAGGCCUGAUCACCAACUGCAAGUGAUAAGAGACAUAUUCUCUAGUAAAAGAAGAGAACUAAUUGAGCUUGGAUUGAUAGAAAAAUUCAAUAAAAACGAACCCAAAAAUUUAGCUCGUGAGGAUAUUGAUCUUAAUUAUAGUGUUGAAAUGCUCAUUGAUCCAUCGCCUCCUCCUGCUCCUACUCCUUCUCCUGUUAUGAUUGCUACAAGCUCAAGGAGAAAGGAGAAAUUGAUUUCUUCCAUAGUAAAUACUACACAGCUUGUGGAUGACCAAGUUUCAAAUCAGAAUAACGUUACGAGUAGUAAUACUGGAAGGGGAAGGGGAAGGGGAAGAGGCAGAGGAAGAGGAAGAGGAAGAGGAAGAGGAAGAGGAAGAAGAAGAGAAAGUCCACAAAAUAAUGUUAAUGAUGUUAAUUCGAAUAAUGGAGAUACAUAUCCAAGAAGUUUAAUCAUUCCUCUUCUUUCGAGCAAAGAUACUCAACAUAAACAACAGGUUGAGAGUAUUGCUUAUGCAACUGAGUCCUCAAAGAAAAACAAAAGUGUUAAACCAUUGGAUGAAAUGAAUGACUUGUGGGAACCGUUGAACAACUUGGUAACAAAAAGUGAAGAGCCAGUUCCAAAGUUCAUCAGUAAUACUCCAAUAAUCAAUCUUGAAGAUUAUGAAAAUGAGGAUGACAAUGAUGAUGAUGAAGAAGACGAUGAGUAUGUGCCUUCCCCAAAAGUUAAGGAACAGAAAGUUAGACAACAAAAUGUUGUUAAAAAACUAGAUGUUGUUCAAGCUACAGAAGCACCAACAAGUAGCAAUAAUAAUAAUAAUGAUAAAGGGAAAGGGAAAAAGGGGAGACGUGGUAGAAAGAAAAAAGAAACGAAUAGUUCUCCUCUCCCUCCUCCUCCUGUUAGCGGUGGUGGUGGUGGUAAUGGUGAUGGUGGAACAAAUCUUAACGUGGCACAAGUUCAAGUUGCUAUUGAGACAGAAGGAGGUACAAUCAGUGGAAUUACAAGAGUAGUUAAUGAAAGAGUACAUCCCAUUUGGUUCACUUUGGUUGCAUGUGAUAAACAGACAUGUCCUCUACCCUUGCCACAAAUUUCUUCCCGCUACAUAAAGAUCAAAGAUGUGAACAAGCCGUCUUCCUACAUAAAGAAGUACCUUGCACACAAAUUGAGUCUCCAGAGUGAAGACGAGGUGGAGAUUCACAUGUUAGGAAUGCAAAUUCAACCUACUUUUCCUCUCAAAAACCUAGCAGAAUUGUGGUUACGUGUAGCACCUAACUCUGGAAAACAUUUAGCAAAAGUUGGAGCUUCUGCCCAAGAAUUCGUCAUGGUUUUGAACUAUUGUCGUUCACACCCAUAAUUGAAUUUUUGUAUUAAAAAUGUACAAUAUUUGCUUAAAUAUUCAAAAUUGCAAGGAGAAAACUUCUUGUUGCAUGUUGUCAAUUA